AAAAACAAUCAGGACUGAAUAAUAAUACUUUCGUAUGUAGAAAUUGGAGCUGGGCUCAGCAAUUAGCAGCAGCUGAAGCUGAGAGUGUUUGUUUCUUUUCAUCACACUUCAUCAAUUCCAUCCAUGGAGUUCGAGGUGAAGCUUGUUGCCGCCAUCGACAAUUGCUUCGUCUCCCUUCCCCUCCCUCUCAUCCAAACUCUCCAAUCCACGCGCUCCUCUCCUCUCCCUCACAUACUCGCCCUCGACCUCUGGUUCGUCGCUUGGUCCGGCGCCACUUCUUCUUCUCCCUCCGCCAUCGAGGUUUCGAAACAAUUUGCGGAGUGCAUUUCGUUGCCGAAUCACGGUACUGUUCAGGUGAGAGCUGCUUCCAAUGUGGCUCAUGCUUCUCUUGUUACGAUAGAGCCUCACACCGAGGAUGAUUGGGAGGUUUUGGAACUCAAUUCCGAACAAGCUGAGGCUGCUAUCCUCAACCAGGUCAGGAUUGUUCAUGAAGGGAUGAGAUUUCCUUUGUGGUUACAUGGUCACACCGUCAUCACAUUCCAUGUCACUUCUGUUUUCCCGAAGAAAGCGGUGGUACAACUCAUGCCAGGAACUGAAGUUGCCGUUGCUCCCAAAAGGCGAUCUAGAUCCUGUGAUAAGGAACAAACUGCAAAGAUGCUUCUCCGUAUACAAGAUCCAGGGGUAUUAUGUCAUACCAGAACUGAUGUCAAAGGUGUUGAGCUCCAUAUGGGGCUCACUUCUGUUGUUUUUGUUCACCCAGAAACAGCCAAGCACUUCUCUUUUAACAUGCUUCAGCCAGUUUCCUUAGUACCAAGAAUAUCCAAGGAGAAUGCCAAUAUUUCGAAAACUAAUGUUUUGAAAUCCAAAGGCGGGUCACCUGGCAAUGAAGUUGAGAAUGGAAAUUUAACUGACAAGAAACAACAUCGACAAGCUGUUGUUCAUCUCUUAUUUUCAGAAUCUGUGGCUGCAGGGCAUGUGAUGUUAGCCAAGUCUCUUCGCCUCUAUUUGAGAGCUGGCCUACAUACAUGGGUUUAUUUGAAAGCAUAUGAUAUCAUUAGGGAGAAAAGUAUUCCAUCCAUCACUUUUUCUCCUUGUCAAUUCAAACUAUUAAAGCAGGAUAGUUCUGCUGAGAAAGAUGGUCUGGAUAGCCACAAUAAUCACAUGAAUGGAAAAUUACUUGCGAAAUCUAUGUCAGGUGACUUUGUGGACCCUAUAGAUUGGUCAAUUAACAAUGAAGUUGUUGCAGCUCUUUCUGAUGAAUCCAACUGCAAAGCAGAGGAAGAGAAUGCAAAUCAGUCUCAGAAUCAAAAGGGGAUAAAGAGUCUUGUUCGGCUGUGGUAUAUUGCACAACUUGAGGCAAUUACUUCUAUUACGGGUGUAGAGGUUAAUUCAUUGGUCAUGUGUAGCCAAACUUUGCUUGAUUUCAAAUUAAACUGUCACAACCUUGGGGAUAAUGGGAGAGCUCCCCUACCUUAUAAUUCUUCAGAGAAUAGUGGCAAGACUGCUGAAGUGUUAUUUAUUUUGACUUUUGGUGAUGAACAUCUGCAUCAUGGGAAACCUAAUGCAUACAAAGUUGCUCUUGGUAAAAGCCUUAAAAGUAUCAAUAUAGGCGAUCUGCAGCUUUUUGAAGGGAUGAAAUUGGGUGAUCCCGUGUCUAUUCAUUCUAUUGAAGAGACAGCAUCUCAAGAGCACAUUAGUUCAAAUGUAUCUUUACUUAGCUGGAUGGAGAAACCAGCUUCUGAUAUUAUUAAUCGGAUGUUGGUAUUGUUAUCUUUGAAGUGUGGUCUGUGGUUUGGUUCAUGCAACUUGCCACUCCCUGGACAUGUUUUAGUACACGGACCACCAGGCUCUGGGAAAACUUCAUUAUCAAGGGCUGUAGCCAAAUCCCUUGAGAAUCAUAAAGAUAUCUUAGCACACAUAGUUUUUGUGCCCUGCUCAAAACUUUCUUUGGAGAAGGUCCCAAUAAUUCGCCAAGAACUUACAAACCAUGUAAUGGAAGCUUUAAACCAUGCGCCCUCCAUCGUAAUCUUUGAUAAUCUUGAUAGCAUAAUUUCAACUUCUGAUUCCGAAGGAUCUCAGCCCUCAACAUCUGUUGCUGGACUCUCAGAUAUUUUGGUUAACAUCAUUGAUGAAUAUAGGGAGAAGAGGCAAAAAUCAUGUGGAUUUGGACCGGUCGCCUUCAUAGCUUCCAUACAGUCACUGGAGAAACUGCCACAGUCUUUGAGCUCUUCAGGACGCUUUGAUUUCCACAUACAGUUGCCAGCUCCUGCAGCUUCAGAGCGUAAAGCUAUGUUGAAGCAUGAAAUUGAAAGGCGUCACUUGCAAUGUGGUGAAGACAUCCUACUGGAUGUGGCUGUCAAAUGUGAUGGUUAUGAUGGCUAUGAUCUGGUAUUCCAAUUAGUCAUUAAUUCGUUAUUUCCAUGGUUUCACCUGCAUUUCGCUGUUCAUCGAUUUUUGCCAUCAAAUGCUGCCAAUAAUGAGCACGAGAGUCCUGCUUUACUAAGAGAGGAUUUCUCCCAGGCAAUGCAUGGUUUUCUUCCAGUUGCAAUGCGUGACAUCACAAAGUCUGCAUCUGAUGAUGGUCGUUCUGGAUGGGAUGAUGUGGGUGGCCUCGUUGACAUCCGAAAUGCUAUUAAGGAGAUGAUAGAGUUGCCAUCAAAGUUUCCAAAAACUUUUGCACAAGCACCAUUGAGGUUGAGGUCAAACGUCCUUUUAUAUGGUCCUCCUGGUUGUGGCAAAACUCACAUUGUGGGUGCUGCUGCGGCUGCUUCAUCGCUUCGAUUCAUAUCAGUGAAAGGACCAGAGCUGUUGAACAAGUAUAUUGGUGCUUCUGAACAAGCCGUUAGGGAUAUAUUCUCUAAAGCAGCAGCAGCAGCUCCUUGCUUACUAUUUUUUGAUGAGUUUGAUUCUAUUGCUCCUAAGAGAGGGCAUGACAAUACUGGAGUAACUGAUCGUGUCGUUAAUCAAUUUCUGACCGAGUUAGAUGGUGUUGAGAUUUUAACUGGUGUAUUUGUAUUUGCUGCUACAAGUAGACCGGAUUUACUUGAUGCGGCACUGCUGAGACCUGGUAGGUUAGAUCGACUUCUUUUCUGUGAUUUUCCAUCUUGGCAUGAGAGAUUGGAAAUUCUGACUGUUCUUUCUAGAAAGUUACCAAUGGCGCAUGAUAUAGAUUUGGCCACAGUAGCUAAAAUGACUGAGGGAUUCAGUGGAGCUGACCUCCAAGCUCUCCUCUCAGAUGCACAGCUCGCAGCAGUCCAUGAAGUUCUGGACAAUUUGGGUGCCUCUGCGCCGGGUAAAGCACCAGUUAUUACAGAUGCUUUACUGAAGGCCACUGCCUUGAAGGCUAGACCAUCUGUUUCAGAAGAAGAGAAAAGGAGACUCUACAGUAUCUAUGGCCAGUUCCUGGAUUCAAAGAGAUCUGUUGCUGCUCAGUCAAGGGAUGCCAAAGGCAAGAGAGCAACUCUAGCGUGACAAUUUGUUCACGUAAUAAAGUGCCAAUUUUGUUCAUACUUCAAAGAGUAGAAGCUGCUACUUGGUCAUUUCUCAAGAAAGCUGCUCUGUUCAUUUGUACCUAAUUAUAGCAAUUUGUACAGGAGUUGACUGUGAUUCAACUCAUCGUGUGUUGUAUUACAUAAAGUGAAUUCUCCUUCCUAUGUUGCAUUGUUGCCAAUAAAAUAUCAGAAGAAAAAAGAGUUAUGUACAAACUUAUAGUAGGUAUGAAUAGUAUAAUCCUCGUUGCAGACUCCA